UGCUUCACUAAGCGUGUUUCUGAUUUUACACUACAUAUUUAUGUUAUAAGAAUACGAUUGAAUUUAUUUUGUCAUUAUAUUGUAACAAGUUUGAGAAAAUGUUAAAAAUACCACUAAUAAUCUCGUGUUUUUAUGUGAUUGCAUCUAAUGCAAUACUUUAUGACAGUUUCACUGGAAAACCUGUUAACAAAACGUUGUUAAAGAUCUACGAAACGAGGAAAAAUAUUGAAAUCUGUACGAUAGAGAUAAAGCCUUGCGAACCCAAUCAAUGGAGGCGUGUAGACGGAUCAUGUACCAACCCGAAGUACCCAUCAAGAGGAACACAUCGUACUCCUUCCCAUAGAGUUCUAGCACCAGUUUUUAGUAGUGACUAUGAACCAAGAAAAGCAGUAAAUGGAGGUCCUUUGCCAUUAGCAAGAAAAUUAAGAACUGAACUUCUGUCAAUGGGAAAAGCUUCGGAGCGAUCAAUAACUCAGUUGGCUUCAUACUACAUGAUAUUUAUGUUCACUGACCUAUCGGCCAUCCACGAAGUUGCCAAUUACAUAAUAAAUAUAGAGACCUGUUGCAUACCAGAAGGUCAGUAUGACAACAGAUGUAUCCCACUAAAGAUCCCAGUUGAUGAUCCAGUGCACAGGUAUUCUGGGGUCCGUUGCAUGAACCUCACCAGACCUCUGAGCUACCAGACAUACGGGUGUCUGGACAAUGGAACCACUUUUGAGAGAAUGGUGAUCCAGACACCACUUUAUGAUUUAUCACAGACAUAUAACCCAACUCCGGGGGUCAUUGAUCAUAUUAGGACUUACAAAAAUGGACUAAUGAUAGAAGAAGAAGAGGAUGGCCAAUUGUUUCCACCUACUGAUCCAGACUCUCACAUGUGUCUAUUGAAUCAACCUCCAAGGGAAAACCGCUGUUUUAAGUAUCAUAUCAACAAUGUGAUGAGUUCGAAUUUGAUGAACAUAUUGUUCUAUAGACAACACAACCAGAUAGCCCGGGAGCUGUACAGACUCAACCCGAGCUGGGAUGACGAGCGACUGUUCUACACUGCGAGAGACAUCAACAUGGCUAUAUCAGUGCAGAUAUUCUUCUAUGAACUACUACCAAUUAUAAUGGGAAAAAAGAAUAUGAUCAGAGAUGGCAUUAUCGGUGAUGGAGGAUUCAGGGACUUGUACGAUGAAAGUGUUGAACCGAGGAUGUCUGAUGAGUAUGUUUACGGACUUAGAUGGUUCCAUUUGAUACAGGAGACCGACUUAAAAUUGCAUGACAAAAAUGGCCACUACGUCAGAUCAUUUCCUUUAGUCAACGGGACUACUCGAACAGGAUUCUUAGCCAUUGACAACAACAUGCAGCACAUUAUUCAAGGCAGUUUCAGACAGCUGGGUGGAAAGUUUGAUCAGACUAUUGAUUAUGAUAUGGCUGAUCGAAUAUUAGGCGGUAUAUUACAUUCUUCUGACGUCACUGCUAGCGACAUAGAAAAAGGAAGGUACUAUGGUCUGCAGCCUUAUGUCAAUUAUAAAGAGUUCUGCACCAAAAAGAAAUAUAGGAGCUUUGCUGACUUAGAAGACAGUUUUAGUUUUGAGAGUCUGAAUAGAUUAAUGAAGGUUUACAAAGAUCCUAGGGACAUUGAUCUGAUCGCGGGUUUGUGGGGUGAGAAAUACGUCAAGGGUGGCAAAAUUCCAGAAACACUAUACUGUUUGCUUGUUGAACAGCUAAAACGAACUGUCCAGUCUGAUAGGCACUGGUAUGAGAGACAUAACAGGCCCCGUGCCUUUACUGAGGAGCAAUUAAAAGCGAUCCGACAAGUCACAAUAGCUGGCACGUUAUGCUACAUUGGUGACUUUGUGACAGAAAUACAACCACGUGCAUUUUAUGCUAUAUCUAAUGAGUAAGUAAAUCAUGUUAAAUGGUUUUUCGGCAAAGAAGAUUAUCUAUGUUAAGUGUGGGAGAGCCAUGCUUUGGUACAAAUGAGCCGGCUUGACUGGAGAUACCACGCUGAUGAUACGAAGUGACGACGCGUGAAACAACGCUUGCGUUGUUUGAUUGAGGUUACUGGAGGCCCAAUUAAUUAAAAAACCGGAGGAAUGAGGGUCCUUCCCAAUCUUGCCAAUCCC